CUGAUCUGGCUCUGCCCACUUCAAGCAGGAGGAGCAGGACAAGUAUAAAACCUGAUUUGUCCAGUGAAGCUUUAGACUACUAGCAGACUUGGGAGAAGCUUGUAUGCAAUCUUAGCUCAGCCGCCAGCAUUGUCAUCACCAUGCAACCGCGAUUGCUCUUUACGCUGCAAUGUUUGGCCUUGGUGGCUCCUGCAUUUUCGGCUCCACUAGCCGGUGUGGUGGACGUCUCCUCUGGCAAGUCGGAUGUGACAGUUGUUAAGAACAAUUAUCUGGUCUUUGAAGAUAUCCACUCUUCAGAAGUUACAGAAGCAGGUGACCAUACUGGAGAUGAAUCUUCACACCAUUCUGACAGUUCACACCAUGACCAUGACAACAAACAUGAAAGUAUGGAACAUGACGUAAGUCAUAGCCAUGACAGUGACAGUCACCAUGACAGUGACAGCCAUCAUGACAAUGACGAUCAUCAUCACAAGAGCAGUGAGGAAAAGGACCACAGUGACAGUCAUCAUGACAGUGACAGCCACCAUGACAGUGACAGUCACCAUGACGAUGAUGAUCACCAUCACAAGAGCAAUGAGGAAAAGGACCACAGUGACAGUCACCAUGACAGUGACAGUCACCAUCACAAGAGCAGUGAGGAAAAAGACCACAGUGACAGUCACCAUGACAGUGACAGUCACCAUCACAAGAGCAGUGAGGAAAAGGACCACAGUGACAGUCACCAUGACAGUGACAGUCACCAUGACGAUGACGAUCACCAUCACAAGAGCAGUGAGGAAAAGGACCACAGUGACAGUCACCAUGACAGUGACAGUCACCAUCACAAGAGCAGUGAGGAAAAGGACCACAGUGACAGUCACCAUGACAGUGACAGUCACCAUCACAAGAGCAGUGAGGAAAAGGACCACAGUGACAGUCACCAUGACAGUGACAGUCACCAUCACAAGAGCAGUGAGGAAAAGGACCAUAGUGACAGCGACCAUCACAAGAGCAGUGAGGAAAAGGACCAUAGUGAUAGUCACCAUGACAGUGAUAGUGACAGCCACAAGGACAGUGACAGCAAACAUCAGAAGAGCAGUGAAGAAAAGGACCACAGUGACGACAGUGAUAGUCACCACGACGAUGACAGGAAACAUCAUAAGAGCAGUGAGGAAGAUGACCACAGUGACAGCCACCAUGACAGUGAUGAUCACCAUCAUAAGAGCAGUGAGGAAAAGGACCACAGUGACAGCCACCAUGACAGUGACAGUGACAGCCACCAAGACAGUGAUCAUCACCACCACAAGGGCAGUGAGGAAAAGGACCACAGUGAUAGUCACCAUGACAGCGACAGUGACAGCCACCAGGAGAGUGACAGUGACAGCCACCAUAACAGGGAAAGCAAACACCACAAGAGCAGUGAAGAAAAGGACCAUAGUGAUGACAGUGAUAGUCACCACGAUGAUGACAGGAAACAUCACAAGAGCAGCGAGGAAGAUGACCACAGUGACAGUCAUCAUGACAGUGACAGCCACCAUGACAGUGACAGUCACCAUGACGAUGAUCAUCACCAUCACAAGAGCAGUAAGGAAGAUGAUCACAGUGACAGUCACCAUGACAGUGACAGUGACAGUCACCAUGACAGUGAUCAUCAUCAUCACAAGAACAGCGAGGAAAAGGACCAUAGUGACAGUCACCAUGACAGUGACAGUCAUCAUGAUGAUGAUCAUCACCAUCAUAAGAGCAGUGAGGAAGAUGACCACAGUGAUAGUCACCAUGACAGUGAUCAUCACGAUCACAGUGACAGUGACAGUCAUCACGAUGAUGAUCAUCACCAUCACAAGAGCAGUGAGGAAAAGGACCACAGUGAUAAUCACCAUCACAAGAGCAAUGAGGAAGAUGACCACAGUGAUAGUCACCAUGACAGUGACAGUCACCAUGACAGUGAUAGUGACAGUCACCAUGACAGUGAUAGUGACAGUCACCAUGACAGUGAUAGUGAUAGUCACCAUCACAAGGGCAGUGAUGAAAAGGACAGUGACAGUGAUAGUCACCAUGACAGUGAUCAUCACCAUGACAGUGACAAUCAUCAUGACAGUGAUAGUCAUCAUGACAGUGACAGUGACAGUCAUCAUGACAAAGAGAAUGGUGGGGACUCCGACAAUGGGCAUGAUCACGAUGACAGCAAUGAGCUGGAGCACACAAGUAAACCACACAGGAGCACCACGGAAAGCCAUUCUACCGGCGUUACUGAUCAACAUGGUGAGCAAAACCAAACAGAAAAGACCACACACAGCCCCCCCCAUGCCUAAGUCCUAGUGGCCAGGAGGCACAGCGGGAUCCUGAUCGAUCUACAGAUGUGUACUGAAGGACACAGACAAGAAUCUGACCCUAUGCAGCUGGAUUUCCACGAUGUGAAAACUAGAGGAGUAUACGCAAUCUCCUUCGUAAUCCUUGGAUCUUUCCUCAAAAACACAAGGAACAUGUUUCUCUAGGUCUAUGGGGAAUUGUCAAAUGAUUCCACUUUUAAUGCGCAUUUUAACAGAAUUAUUUCAACAUGUGACAAUCGGCUAACUCCAGAUUUACCCAAGUUAUCAUUUUUAUCUUCACUAAUUGGUAAAAAAACCUGUAAAAACAAGAAAGUAAAAAAAAAAAAAUGUGUUACCAUUGCACAUAUGGACUGAAUAGUUUCUGAAAGUCACUCGAUUGAGUUUUCUAAUAAUUCCUUACAAUAUGUUUUGUUGCUGUACAGUUGUCACGCCUUAGCAAAGCCAGUUACUGCAGCAACGGACUGUCAUACUGACCACAGAGUUGAUGUUUCCUGAGUGUGAAUGUCAGCAAGACCUUCUAGGCAUGGGGAUUUUGGAUGGGGCUCUUAAAUGAUUCCUUUUUUUUCUUACUUUAAAACCAGUUUUGGGAAAAUAUCUCAAAUUCUAGUUUUUAUUGCUGUAAGGUGUGUUAAAUAAUUAGAAUCUUUUAAUGGCAGUAACAUAGAUCACAAAGUCCUUUCUCAAAUGUGUAUAGUGAAUAAAUUAAAUAAAACCUGAGAUGUCAGACAA